AUGCAAUUAAGUGCCAAAGGUGUCCCGCUCUCCAAUGCUGCCCCGCGGCCACGGUCUCUUGAAAGUGCACUUCCAGCCGAGUGCGGGCUCGAAGAACAUCAAAGUGAUGAUGUCGUCUGUGGGCUUGAGACCGUAGAGUUUCCGCACCGUCUCGGCCGUCAGCACAUUCAACUGCUGUGCCGCUCGAAUUCCGAGUCAUUGGCGAAAAGAAUGUCCAGCGUGAUCUCAAAGGGCCCCGAGUUCUUGGACCGGACAACCGACGCGAGAUCUCGAAUGGCUCUUGGACCCGGUUCCGCUGUUAACCUCAAUGCUGCUAGGGAUCACAUCACAUCGUUAGCACCCACGGUGUACGGAGACGUCCCGUUAGCUUGGGCAGGCGAGGUCUUCGUCAUCGUCCCGACUGAGAAGACAUGA